AUGAAGUGUGUGGAGGGCACGGUGGUGGUGAAUGGAGUGGGUAGUGUACACAAGAAUCUGUUCUCGUCGUGGAGCGUGGGGUAUUCGUUCAACACCGAGAAUUUUGUCAUCAACUACAACGCUGCCGACAACACGACGGCCUCGCUGGCGCGCGUACCGGUAACCGGGUCUGCGCUGGUGAUGGCGAUCAACCUGGACGGCGUCAACGUCUCCUCCCUGGGGAGCGAACAGGUGGUGAGCAGCGAGGUGCUGGCCAAGGUGUGGAUGGGCACCAUCACCACGUGGGACCACGCCGACAUCGCCGCCCUCAACCCCAAUGUCACCCUGCCGGCCAACGCCAUCACGCUCGUGGUCUCGGAGGCGCCGAGCAGCGUGGAGAUGAGCGGCGUGCUGGUGCGCGCCCUGUCUGCCGUGUCGAGCUCGUUUGCGGCGGCUUUGGCGUCGGCGGGCUCACUCGCGGCCAUGGUGCCGGCGAGCGCCAUGAAAGUAUCCGGCACCGACGCUCGCCUGGCCACCGUAAAGGCAAACUUGUACAGCAUGACAUACGCCGACUACGGAUCGGUGCUCGCAGCCGGCAUGGCGUGCGCGCGCAUGAAGAACGCGGCCGGUCGCCUGGUUUCGCCCUCGGCCGCCGCCAUCCAGUCGGCCAUGACCGACUUCAGCACCUCUGUCAAAGGUGGGGACAUGAGCAGCGACAUCUCAAACGGAGCGGGCAAUGCCACAUGGCCGCUGGCCUACACGGUCUUCCUCACCACGUUGCAGACCAAGCAGGCCAAGGACUGCGGGCCCGCCGAGGGCCUGAUGCGGUUCUUGAGCUGGGUGCAGACUAACGACCGCGCGGGGACGACGAUCAACGCGCAGGGCUGGGGCGCGCUGGCGAUCGUGUACAAGAGGGCGCUCAUCAACUCGUUCGGCACCGUCAAGUGCAACAAUCAAACCGCCCUCAGCACGGCCUACAUCAUAGGCAUGGGUGGCACGAUCCGAGCGGUCGACGACUGGGCCGUGGCCUACACCUCCAACUCGUUUGUGGAGAAGUACUACGUCUACGACUCGCCCACGACCAUCAACCAGAUGAUCGCCGGUUCCAUCGAUUUCGGAGCGGUGAGCUAUGAGCCCACGGAGGCGCAGUGGGCGCAGCUGCCUGAUGUGCUGCUGGUGCCUCUGCUUGGCCAAGCCGGUCUUGCCUCCUACAACAUACCCGAACUACUGGAGUCGGACCCGCUGGUGUUGACACUGGAGAUCCUAGCCGACAUCUACCUCGGAAAGAUUUCGAACUGGCGGGACCCGAAGAUCUUGAACAUCAACCAGCCCAUCGCCAGUCUGAUUCCCAACCAGUCCAUCAUCGUCGUUGUCCCUACGAUCUUCUCGGCGAUCAACGUGGUCAAUUCGCCCGCCAUGGCCAAGGCCGUGCCUGAAUUCGCCAGACAAGUGACUCCCGGCGGGUUGGUUACCUACCCGGUGCAAACCCUGGCCCCCGAGAGGGUCAAGGGAGUGCCCAGUUCGGCCAACGUGCAGGUGACAGUGGCCGCGGCGACGCCCUAUGCCAUAUGGUUGGCGCUCAGCGGCAUGAUCGAUCCGUACAACAACCUCCGGGCCGCCUCGCUCUACAACCCUGCGGGGAAUGUGGUCGCGCCCGGGCCGGAGACCAUCCUCUCCCUGCUCAACGACUUUGCCGGCACCACCGACUUUGUCCUCUUGUUGGGGUCCGGCGCGAAUUCGUGGCCCAUGGCGUCCUACAACGGCCUGCUCAUCAACCAGAUCGAGCCCAGCAACUGCGCCAAGGCCAAGGCGCUCGUCGACUGGAUCUAUUGGACCCAGAGCACGGAUGAGGCGUCUACCAUCGCCACGCGGAACAGGAUCACGUCGGCGGGCCGAUCGCCGGGCGUGCUCAAGCGAAUCCUCACGCAGCUCACCAGCGUCACGUGCCAGGGGGCCAAGGUCAGCUCCAUCGCCCCGUGCGUGCGUGACGGCGAACUGUGCUCUGGUCACGGGUCGUGCCCGUCGGGCGAGUGCGUGUGCGCCAGUGGCUGGAGCGGCACCUUCUGCGAUGACCAGGCGGGUUCUUCGAGCGACGACACCGCGACGAUCGCUCUGGCCGUGGCGCUGGGCGUGGGGGUUCCGUUCUUCCUGAUCGUGGUGAUCCUCGCCGCCGUGGGCAUCAUCGUGGCGGUGAUCGUCAAGAAGAGGCAGUGGGGCAACGACAACUGGGAGAUCUCACCGAGCGAGCUCGAGAUGGAGGACCACCUCGGCACUGGCGGGUACGGGAGUGUGUACAAGGCCAAGUGGCGCGGGACGGAGGUGGCGGUGAAAGUGAUGUCGUCGGAGGUGGUGACCAAGGAGAUGCAGCGCCAGUUCGCCGACGAGGUGCGCAUGAUGACGGCGUUGCGGCAUCCGAACGUGGUGCUGUUCAUGGCGGCGUGCACGAAGCCACCCAAGAUGUGCAUCGUCAUGGAGCACAUGUCUCUCGGCUCUCUCUACGAGCUGUUGCACAACGAGCUCAUUCCAGACAUACCGCUGGAGCUGAAGGUGAAGAUGGCGUACCAGGCGGCCAAGGGGAUGCACUUCCUGCACUCGUCGGGCAUCGUGCACCGCGACCUCAAGUCGCUCAACCUGCUGCUCGACGCCAAGUGGAACGUCAAGGUGAGCGACUUUGGGCUGACCAAGUUCCGCGAGGAGGUGCAGAAGGCGGCGGUGCACGAGGCCCAGGGGUCGAUCCACUGGACGGCGCCCGAGGUGCUCAACGAGACCGUCGAUCUGGAUUACACGCUCGCCGACGUCUACAGCUUCGGUAUCAUCAUGUGGGAGCUGAUGACGCGCGAACAGCCCUACUCCGGCAUGGGAACGGCGGCGGUGGCGGUGGCGGUGAUCCGCGACAACCUGCGGCCGCGCAUACCCGACGACCUUGAGAUGCCGCACGAGUACAGCGAGCUCAUGACCGGCUGCUGGCAUCCCGACCCGGCCAUCCGGCCCACGUUCCUCGAGGUCAUGACGCGCCUGUCGGCCAUCGCCGGUGACCACACGAGCAUGGGCGGCACGUCGAUGACCACCACGUCGUCGGGCAUCUCCAUGUCGGGCGGCUCGACAUCCGCCGGCACCGGAUCGGUGUCCUCGUCGAGCGCCUCGUCGGUCGUCGGCCUCGCCCCGACCAUCAACGGCAACGGCGGCGGCGGCAGCAGCGGGGUGGCCCCGCCAGAGGGCGAGAUGGCGGUGGUGUUCACGGACAUCACGCGCGCGGCCUCGCUCUGGGAGCACGACCCGGCGGCCAUGCGCGACGCCACCAUGCUCCACAACGACAUCCUCCGCUCGCUCCUCAAGAACACCGCGGCUACGAGGCCCUCUUUGCCCGCGGCGGCCACCACAACAGCGGCGAGGGGUCGAGGCGGGCAACGCGGUGGAGUGGCGCUGCUCAAGGCCGAGUGGCCGCGGCGGCUGCUCGAACACCCGGGCGCAGGCGAAGAAUGGGGCGACACGGACGACCGGGUGCUGUUCCGCGGGCUGCGUGUGCGGAUGGGCAUCCACGUGGGCUCGCCCAGGAGCAAGCGCGACCCGACGACACGGCGCGUGGAGUACUCGGGCGCGGCGAUCGACAUCGCCGCACGCAUCACGGCACUCACUCACGGCGGCCAGAUCCUGGUGUCGGGUCCGGCGUUCGCCAAGCUCAAGUCCGAGAAGGUGCUUCGGUUCGCUCGCGUGGGUCGGUUCGACGUCACGGGCUCCCCCUCCGGCGAGGAGCUGCACGAGGUGAAGACCAGAGGCCUCGAGGCCCGCUUCUUCGGUGGCGUCGCUGACGAUCGGUCCAGCUCGCGCCUCUCGUCGUCGUUCAACUCCAACGACGGCAACGAGUCGCGCGGGUCGCUGGACCAGCACGAGCUGCAGGCGCACGUGGGCGAGGGCAUGGAGUUCAAGGAGGACACCUUCCUCACGUCGGCCAACAUGGUGCGCUGGGUGGUGGACUUCAAGGAGAUCGCGCUCGGGCGCCAGGUGGGCAUGGGCUCCUACGGCGUGGUGCACCGCGGCCAGUGGAAGGGCGUCGAGGUGGCGGUCAAGCGGUUCAUCAAGCAGAAGCUCGACGAGCGGCGCAUGCUCGAGUUCCGCGCCGAGAUCGCCUUCCUCUCGGAGCUGCACCACCCCAACGUGGUGCUCUUCAUCGGCGCCUGCAUCAAGUCGCCCAACCUGUGCAUCGUGACCGAGUUCGUCAAGCAGGGCUCGCUCAAGGACAUCCUGGCCAACACCAGCGUCAAGCUCCCGUGGACGCGCAGGCUCGAGCUGCUCCGCUCGGCCGCCCUCGGCAUCAACUACCUGCACUCCAUGCAGCCGAUGAUCGUGCAUCGGGACCUGAAGCCGUCGAAUCUGUUGGUGGACGAGAGCUGGAAUGUGAAGGUGGCCGACUUUGGGUUUGCGCGCAUCAAGGAGGACAACGCCACCAUGACCCGCUGCGGCACGCCCUGCUGGACAGCGCCGGAGGUGAUCCGCGGGGAGAAGUACGGGGAGAAGGCCGACGUGUACAGCUUCGGCAUCAUCAUGUGGGAGGUGCUCACGCGCAAGCAGCCCUUCGCCGGGCGCAACUUCAUGGGCGUGUCGCUCGACGUGCUCGAGGGCAAGCGGCCGCAGGUGCCCGCCGACUGCGCGGCCGACUUCAAGAAGCUCAUGAAGAAGUGCUGGCACGCCACGGCCAGCAAGCGGCCCGCCAUGGAGGACGUGCUCUCGCGCCUCGACGACAUCCUCCAGAACGCCCACGCCUCCGGCCCCACGCCCCGCUCGCCUCAUCACGACGCCGUGUAA